AUGGCGGCGGAGCAGAGAAAGCUGCUCGAGCAGCUCAUGGGCGCUUCGACCUCGCGCCAGGCCCAGGUGUCCAUGGACGACCCCAAGGUCUGCCGCUCGUACAUCGUCGGGACCUGCCCACACGAUCUCUUCACCAAUACCAAGCAGGACUUUGGACCCUGCAGUAAGAUCCACUCCGAGGGCCUCAAGGCCGAGUACGAGGCCAUGCCCGAGCGCGACCGCCAGCGCCUCGGCUUCGAGUACGACUACAUGCGCGACCUGCACAAGUACAUUGACGACUGCAACCGUCGCAUCGACUCGGCCCAGAAGCGCCUCGAGAAGACCCCAGAGGAGAUUCGUCAGACCAAUGAUCUCCUUGAAGCCAUUGCCGACAUCGACGAAAACAUCAAGUGCGGCGUCGAAGAGAUCGAAGUCUUUGUCAGAAUCGGCCAGGUCAACCUGGCCAUGGACGAGUGGCACAACCUCAAGGUCAUGGCCCAGACCAAGGCGGAGAAGGAGCGGGAGCUUAAGGCGCUCUCGGACACUUCUGGUCCCUCUGGCCACCAGAAGCUGCAGGUUUGCGAUGUGUGCGGUGCCUACCUCAGCCGCCUUGACAACGAUCGCCGCUUGGCCGACCACUUUUAUGGAAAGAUGCACCUCGGCUACGCGCAGAUGCGUAAGGCGUACGAGGCGUUCCCACGCGAGAUGAGACAGCGCGCCCGACAGCAGCCGCCUAUGGAUGACGAUGGCCCCGGUGGACCUCGUGGCCCUAAGGGACCACGCGGCUAUGGCGGAUACGGAGGCGGUCGUCGCCACAGAGGCUAG